CUUCUCUUUGCCUCUUUGGGGAACACUCAAGCCUCAACCCUGCAGCCCCGCCGCCGUGCCCAUCUCCUCCACGGAAGGCCCCUGCGCGCCGCCAAUCGCUGGCCGUAGCCUUAGCCUUCGGCAUGGACGAGCAGAGGACGGAGGCGUGGUGGGCUCGGCGCGCGUGGGCUCUUCUCUCGGCUGUCCGCUCGCGGGCACCGCUGGUCCAGUGCAUCACCAACCUAGUCUCCAUGGACAUCGCCGCCAACACCCUGCUCGCCGCCGGCGCGUCCCCGGCCAUGCUCCACUGCAUCCGAGAGGUCCCCGAAUUCACCCCGCGCUGCGACGCCGCCUACAUCAACGUCGGCACGCUCUCCGAAGAUUGGCUCCCCUCCAUGAUGGCCGCCGCCUCCGCGGGCCGUCCCUGGGUGCUCGACCCCGUCGCCGUUGCCGCCUCCGGCUUCCGGAUGAACACCUGCCUCUCGCUCCUCAAACUCCGCCCUUCCGUCGUCAGGGGGAACGCCUCGGAGAUCCUCGCCCUCGCCGCCGGCUCAGGCAAUUCCUCCUUCAAGGGUGUGGACAUUUUGCAUGAUUCAGAAGAUGCUCAACAAGCGGCUAAAGCAUUGGCGUGUUCAAGCGGGGCUGUUGUUGCAGUAUCCGGUGCUGUAGAUUUCAUCACCGAUGGGAAGCAGGUCAUUGGUGCAAGCAACGGUGUGCCUAUGUUGCAAAAGAUCACAGCCACAGGGUGUGCUGUGACUGCCCUUAUAGCGGCUUUUGUCGGAGCGGAUCCUUCCGAUGCUCUGGUCGCGUCAGCAUGUGCUCUUGCCAUCUUUGGACUUGCUGGAGAGAUUGGUAUGGAGUCAGCAAAGGGACCUGCCUCUCUCAGGGUCAACCUCAUCGAUGCUCUCUACUGCCUUGACGAACAAACUGUCACCUCCAGAGUAAAAAUUUCUCUGCGACCAUAAUGCAUAUGUAGUAUGGCUACCAGGCUAUCAGUUUCCAGGAAGUAGAGAAAAAAUUAUGCAUGACCUAUCAUCUACACAGACAAUAAUGUUGCACAACAUAUAAAAGUUGUUCUUGACCAGUGGAACAAGGAGACUUGCAUAAGUACUUUUGCUGCUGGCGUUGCACAAUGCUUUGAGAUGGCUGCACGAGCUGUCUGUUCCAACGUUUUGGUGCAAGAUAAA